AUGCUUUUUCUACCAACAGACUUGACAUGGUAUGCUGAGGUGGGGAGUCUGGGGACCUAUGCACUAUGGCAGAGUCACUUGCCAUCCAAGACCAUUCAACAGAAGCAGAACUAUGCACCAAUUUGCGACGAGUGCAAAGACAAUUUUAUUGAUGAAUGCCCCACACAUGGCCCUCCAGUAUUUGUGCCUGACACCCCUGUGCCAGUGGGUUGUCCUAACCGUGCCGCCCUUACUAUCCCUAGUGGCAUUGAGGUCAUUCAGGAAGGCAGUGAGGUGGGCGUGUACUGCGUAGACAAAGACAUUCCCAGGGGGGCACUCUUCGGUCCUUACCAGGGUGAAGUGAUGUCACAGGACAAGUCCUCUGGUUUCUUCCCCUGGAUGUUGGUGGACAAAAACAACUCAUACAAAUCCAUUGAUGGUAGCGACGAAACCAAAGCCAACUGGAUGAGGUAUGUCCGAAACUCUUCAGAGGACAUUGAGCGAAACCUGACAGCCUUCCAGCAUGGUGAGCACAUCUACUUCCAGGUGUGCCGUGACCUGUCAGUGGGAGAGAGACUUUGGGUAUGGUACAGUGAUGACUACAUGGACCGAUUACACCCCAUGGCCCAGGACACCAUUGACAGCAACUUGGCCACAGGUGGCGAAUCGCAUCUCUGCAUGUCUGGCAGACAUAUCGGUGUGGAUGACGGAUCACCACCUCAAGCUGAACCUCGGCAAGACGGAGCUGCUCUUCCUCCCGGGGAAGGACUGCCCGUUCCAUGAUCUCGCCAUCACGGUUGACAACUCCAUUGUGUCCUCCUCCCAGAGCGCUAAGAACCUUGGCGUGAUCCUGGACAACACCCUGUCGUUCUCAACUAACAUCAAGGCGGUGGCCCGUUCCUGUAGGUUCAUGCUCUACAACAUCCGCAGAGUACGACCCUGCCUCACACAGGAAGCGGCGCAGGUCCUAAUCCAGGCACUUGUCAUCUCCCGUCUGGAUUACUGCAACUCGCUGUUGGCUGGGCUCCCUGCCUGUGCCAUUAAACCCCUACAACUCAUCCAGAACGCCGCAGCCCGUCUGGUGUUCAACCUUCCCAAGUUCUCUCACGUCACCCCGCUCCUCCACUCUCUCCACUGGCUUCCAGUUGAAGCUCGCAUCCGCUACAAGACCAUGGUGCUUGCCUACGGAGCUGUGAGGGGAACGGCACCUCAGU